AUGCUCGGGGCAGCCGAUCGGUACCAGGCGUACCGUCAAGUCCUUCCAGAGUCGGUCCUUCCCUCUGCACUUAUCAGCACGGACGACCGCCUCUGCGCCAGGGAUAUACGAGGUUGGUCUAGCCCGGUUCGCGCCGGGCUUCGAGGGUCUAUUCCUGACGCCGUCGAUGCGAGCGGGCUGGCGAUUGGCUCUCUCGCUCUAUCCAGCUCUAUCGGCUCUCUUAUCGAGUCUCGAAUCGCAUUGCACACGGAGGCAGCGGUGCGGAACGCGGGCGGAUCGGUCACGUCGUCUGCGCGGGAUUCCUCCGGGGUGUCGAUGCUUCGUGCUGCGCAACUGGACUCUGUGCACAUGGUGGCCAUAAUCGCGGCGGUGUGCCCCUGA